UAUUCGUCCAGUUUGUAAAUUUUCUGCGGGCCCUUGUCGCUAAAUAAAAUUUUGUGAUGUGAGAACAGUGUGAUCUUGUGUGUGUGGAUAGAAACAACGCAAUGGCAAAGUGUGACCAGAGACGCACAAAUUAAUGAUUUUCGGUUACAAUUUCCUUAAAACAUCAAAUCGACGGGAAAUUCGGGCCCAGCGGAAGAGGAGAGAAGCAAAUCAACAGCGAUGUGAGUGCGUGAAUUUGUACUUUUUUAUCGUCUCUGGUUGUGCCCAGAGGAUAACUGCGAAGGAAACCCGAUCAAAGGCUACGCAACACCGCAUUCGUUUGGAAGAUUUCAGUAAUGAUUGUGCCCGCGAAGGAUUCGGUUUACUAUAUCAAACGCUCCUGGAAAUGGAUGAAAUGAGCACGGCUGCUCUCCAUCAUUCGAUCCAUCAUUCUCAUCUCGAACUGGGUUUCGCGAGGAUACGCGGUUCUCUCGCGCACAUUCGGAAAAUUUGUUGUUUGAAGUUCGCCAUUCGCACGUCCAGGCUGUUGCUGUCGAGCUGAGGAUUCUCAAUCUUCCGUGCGCUACACGAAAGUGGCAUAAUAGCGUAAUCUGCUAGACAAUCCAACCAUCUGUGGAGUGUACUCGUGUUAGUGAUUAAAAUUUAGAGAAUAGAAAGUCGUGAUCACCCAAGAUGUGAUGAAUGCUAUAAAGAAAAUCGCUUCCCGGUGGUGAAAAAAAAAUUAAGUGAAAAGUUCAAAUUCUAGGCGAAUAAAUAAAUUUGUUUUGUGAGAAAAAAUGGCCUUACAGAAGAAAUUCUCCAAUAACGAUUUCGAGCUACUGUCGAUCAACAAGAUGAACAACAAUACCGGUAAUAGCGUCAACAACGAUCCCAAUGGAAACGGAAUUACAGGUAUUAUAAGCAGCGCCAGUGGGGGUGGCAGCUCGGGUGCUGGCAGUGGUAAUAACAAUCACAACAGCAGCAUGAAGAUGCCGCCAAAGAAGAUACAGUUCAGCACGCCCGAGUUCAGCAUCACACCGAUUGAAACGCUGCCCGGAAGUACGGCCAGACCGCCGCCAAGCCGAAGAAGGGAGGAGGCAAUCGUGAUGGCGAACCUGAGGAAGCGCGUCGCCGCGGUGGAUCUGAACAAAAACGUGCGCAAGAAUAACACCUUCACCAAUCUGGACGACAUUAGCAUUAACGACACCGGCCAAACGCAGGACCAGCUCGAUAAUCGCCCGCUGCUUCCGAAACCCGUGGCGGCCGUCGUGGGAGAUCGCAAGGAGCGCCCGAAAAACGGUGCCGACGGGGGUGAGGACUCGCCAAAGGUGAAAAUUGUGAUGGAUAAGGAUUUUAUCUUUGAGUGUUUGUGUUGGCACAACGAGUACCGGAUGAGGCACGGGGCGCCCGCGCUGAGCAUUUCGUCCGAGCUGUGCGAGUACGCGUCACAGUGGGCCAAACACCUGGCCAGCACGAACGAGCUGUACUAUCAAACCGGAACGAACUACGGGCAGAAUAUUUUCUGCUGUCCAGCGAACUCGCUGCUCACGGAUUUGUCGGGUCAAGAAGUAGCCACGUAUUGGUACAGUACCAGUCGAAGGUACGAUUACUUCAAGGAGAGCCACCUUCUGCACACUAACGUUAACAGCGGACACUUCAGUCAAAUGGUGUGGCGAGCGAGCCGGUAUUUUGGCGUCAGCAAAUCCAUCUCCAAGACCGGCAAACUCUUUGUGGUGGCUUACUACUACCCGUCCGGGAACGUGAUGGGUGAAUUCAGCCAAAAUGUUCUUCCUCCGAUCUUGGCAACCGACGAUCCCCAUCUGUCGCGGCCUCCCUCGAGCAAGGAUCUAGAAAACCUGAGUGCUUCCCACUGAGUAAACAAGAAACGGUGUUCCAUUAUAGCUAUGAAUGGUCUAAGAGAAUCUUGACAUUUUCAUUGUUUCGCCACCUAUGAACAACAGAUGAAAUCUCGGAAGGAACAUUUAAACCAAAAGUUGAACACCGCCAAAAAAGGAGCGAAUCACUGUUAUUACACGAUGUUUUAUCGAUCCCUCAAUUAGCUGAGCAGCUUAUAACAACGAUCAAACACUGAAGUCCGUCUCGUUUGUGAUCCAAUGUCCAAAUCGGAUUGUUAAGUGAACCGAACGAAAACAAACCAAAACCAAAACAAACGCGCCAUAAGUGUUAAGUGUUUGCUGAGGAGCAAAACACGGCACAAAAUACAAAACAAAUCGGAAUAACGUGUAAAAUGGCUAUAAAUCCAAUAUAGAGAGCGAAAGCUAUGAAUCGAGCUGAUGAGUGAAAUUAGUACAUAAUUCAAACAAGCGCAGCAAAAUAUAUAUAUAUAUAUAUAUAUAUGUAUAUUGGAAGAGUAAAAAAACAUUGUUUAGCGAUAAAAGAAAAUAACAAGCAAAUCAUUUCGAUUGCGAUUUGUUUCGACGAUUAGCUGAACAUUCGAUAUACUGAAGUGAACAAAAAUGGUCCUCUACAUUGCCUUAUAAUGCCUCGAAUGAUUUGAUAGAUGAACAGUUAUUAGUAUUUAAAACCGAUAUGUAAUCAUAUUUCAUAGUUAAAAAAUAUAAGACAAAGCAAGCAAACUAAAACAGUUGGAAAACAAGUAUAAUCAUUCCAAUCAAAGGGCAAACAUAGAUAUAAUGACAUGCAUGGUUUUGAAUAAUGUUUAAAAUGGCAUAUAUGAUAUAACAUAAAAUAAGUAUGUAAAGUCUAGGCAAAGCAAAGUGUACACCCGCAAACAUACAGCAUGUGAGCUAUAGUACUCGUUUAAGAAAAUAUUACAAAUUCAAUCAAGCUGAUCUAGCAUAGCAUAGUUGUUAUUGGUCGAUCGCAUUUGGAAUCGUAUAUUUUAGAACCUAUUGUUAAAGUUUUUUUCAAAACCAUGUACAUAAACGUGCUUCGUUUUCGUGAAUGUAUUUGCCGUUGUCAUUUUGUACCUUGAUCAAAAAUAAAAACGAAUGAUGAAAUUGUAAAACGCUUGUUUCUACAUAUAAUAAAGAAGGAUAAAAACAAACCUACAUCGAUUUUUAAAAGAAAAAUGCAAACAUGUGAAAUAAAAUACAAAAUAAAACGUGCGCAGAGAACCUUGACAAAUCUAAUGCAAAUGGCAAAUCAUAGCAAAAUGGAAUCAACCAAUACUGUUGUAAUGAGAUAAUUUUGAGAUUAUGAGUUGAACAGAACGCGAAUGCUGGCGAAAUGAAGCUAAGCAUUUCGUUCGAGUCGAUAUUGAUAACACAAAUAAACACUGAAAAGCCAAACCCCGUGAAAUCAUAUGAAACAGAUAACGGUGCGAGCAGGUGGAAGAUGAAUGUUCAAAACUCGAUAGAAUGAGAAAAUAACAAUUAGGAUAUAACAAUAAAUACAUGAUUGAAUUUACCAAUUUAA